AUGAUAAGAAUAAGGAGUAUCGCUUUAAUUUCAAAAAAUAAUAUAUUUUUAAGAAAAAAUGAAUUAAAUAAAAUAAGUCAAAGAUAUUUUGGUGGGACAUUUAAUCAUAAUAUUAAGGAAAAUGAGCGAGUUCCUCCAGCUUCAGAAAAUCCAGGUUACAAAAAUUUAUUUGAUCAUGCAGAAGAUAUAAAAUUAUGGGAAAUCGAAGAAAAGGAAAACAUUACUCAUAAAAAAGUAGAUGAUUUAUCUGAAUUAGUCGAGCCAUCACAUCAUCCUCAUCAAUAUGAAGGUAUAUUUGUUAGGACUCGAUAUGCUCAUUAUAAUCAAACAGCUGAACCAGUUUUUCCAAGAAAACCCGAUUUAGAAAAGGGUGAAUUAGCUAGUGGAGCUAAUGUAACAAGAACAGAUGUAUGGCAUAACCCCAAUGAGCCUGCUAUUGUUUCUGUUGGAAAAUUCGAACCUCAUAAUUUUAGACCAGCAGGAUAUAUUGAAAAUGCCCCAAACCCUGAUAGUGUAAAUUCUGAUUAUCAUCCCGAUUUUCGUGAAUAUAGAUUAAGAAGUGGAAAUGCAGAUAGACGAACUUUUAUGUAUUUUAUAAGUGCAUCAUAUUUUUUUAUUAUGUCAUCUAUAAUGAGAUCAACUAUAUGUAAAGCAGUUCAUUUCUUUUGGAUAUCAAAAGAUUUAGUGGCAGAAGGUACAACAGAAUUAGAUAUGAGAACAGUGGGAGAAGGGGAACAUGUAGUAAUUAAAUGGAGAGGUAAACCAAUUUUUGUUAAACAUAGAACUCCUGAAGAUAUUCAAAGAGCUAGAGAAGACGAUAAAUUAGUCGAAACGAUGAGAGAUCCACAAUUGGAUUCAGAUAGAACUCUUAGGCCAGAAUGGCUAGUUAAUAUUGGUGUGUGUACACACUUAGGUUGCAUACCUGCUCCAGGAGGAAAUUACAAUGGCUAUUUUUGUCCAUGCCAUGGUUCUCAUUAUGAUAAUUCAGGAAGAAUACGUCAGGGGCCAGCACCUGCAAAUUUAGAAGUACCGCCUUAUGAAUUUGUUGACGAAAAUACUAUUAAAAUAGGAUGA